AUGACGAGCGGUCCAGUUCAUGUUAUGGUUCUGGAAAGCCCCGAUGCCAUUUCACGCUGGAGAAUUUUGAUAGGGCCAACUGAUGCAAGAAAGGCUAAAACUUCACACCCUGACAGCAUUAGAGCAAUGUGUGGCUUGGACUCUGAGAAAAAUUGUGUGCAUGGUUCAGAUUCACUGCAAUCUGCGGCCAGAGAGAUUUCAUUUUUCUUCGGAGAUGAUAAAUCUGAAGCCCUGGAACAUGAUGAGCUGUAG